CUCAGAGGCUCUGAAUGUCUGAUGAUUCAUUUCUGAAGUUCUGAUGGAUUAGUGUGGAGCGACCUGCAGGAGGAGCAUGGUUCCGGUCCGGAGUCCAGAGUAACUCUGCUCUGCAGGAACUUUCCUGGAUCUGGGAAUGUCUGGCAUUUUCUUUCUGCAGCUGUCUGAAUAUUUCCCCUGCAGAACGAUGAGCUGCUGGACGUUUUUAGUGGCCUUCAGCCUGCUUGUGCCCUGGAGCCAUGCAGGCUGUGCGGAGGUGGACUCCAUGACCGAAGCCGUGGCGGGAGAAGGAUUCCUGCUCGGCUGCAUUUCCUGUAAGAAAAGAGAGGAAGUGUCGGCCCGAGCCACGGUGGACUGGCACUUCAAACGGCCCGAGGACCACGAGUUUACACCUAUCUUCCACUAUAAACACCCCAACGCAAACGUGCUCCAUGAAGACUUCAGUGACCGGCUGCAGUGGCAGGGAACGCUGAACGACGACGUCCAGAUCGGCGCCGUUUUCAUCCAGAACGUCACCUUCAACGACAGCGGGACGUACCGCUGCACCUUCCGCCGCACCCUCUUCCUGCCGCUGCAGCCCGAGAACGUGGUGGUGGAGAAGGAGGUGGAGCUCACCGUGGUGGCCACAGCCAACCGGGAGCUGACGGCGGUGAUCUCUGAGAUCGUGAUGUACGUCCUGAUCGUGGUUCUGCAGCUGUGGCUCAUCCUGGUCAUGGUCUACUGCUACAAGAAGAUCUGGGACGAACACGAAGCGCGAGAGGCGAAGAAAGCGCUGGAAGCGGAGGGAUCACUGCUGGAGUCCAAGGAUCACUGUGACGGCGUGGAGGCGGAGUAACGCCAGGGAGCGUUAGCACGCUCAGCUGGAGCUGCAGCAAGGAACGCUCAUAAAAAUAUGUUUGUGAGGAUGAUUGACAGCGCUAAGCCCCGCCUCCUGGCUCUGACUGGUUGUUUUGGGGAGCAGAGCAUCUUUUCAGACAGCAGAUGGAUCUUUUCACAGAUUGUUUCUCUCACAACAAAAUGUAAUGGUAACAGGUUUGAUAAAUAUGUAAAAACAUAUUUUUCAUAAAUGUUACUCAUAUCAGUUUUAAGAAGUGGAUCAACAUCCAGAGAGACGGAUGACAGAUUUACCUCAGGAGUUCAUCAUCUCAUCUGAACUGAUGUGAAAACUUGUGCCGAUAUUAAUAUCCGAUAUGACUACAGAUAACCGAUAUUUAUCGAUAUUGUAUGUUAGAUUUAUUUCCAGGUGUCUCACUGCAUGUCUUCCUGUCUCUUCUCUGUUGGACUUUGAUUUUAUUUUGAUCAUUUUCUUCCAUCUUGAGUUUAUUUAAUUGUUCCUGAUCUGUUUUGAUUUCAGUUGGUUCAUUUAUUCUCGUCUGUUGCAUCCAGUAAUUAUGAUCCCAGUAGAUUUAUGUUCCAGUCACUUUGUCAGUUCCUCCUGUUUUCUUCUUGCUCGUUUUUUGUUCUGUUUCUUCCAUUAAAUUUUCCUUUUCAUCA